UUGAUGAGACUAGGGACUUGACAGCAGUAGGGCAUCUGUCAACUUAGAAUUUCAAUGUUUACGGAACAAUCUUACCAUUGCGGGCCCUGAAAACGUGAUAGUUUGUUUCUACUAUGCUCGACCCAUCGUCUAGCGAAGAGGAGUCUGACAAUGAGACCCUCGAAGAUGAAAAUUCAGACGUUCUCAGCCUACCCAGUGCUGAACAGAGAAGCCUGUCAGCUAGUGGGGAUAACCUGAGUGUGAUGGGGGGGCAUUCAAGAUCUAAUAGCAUACGUCCGUCAAGUCCCAGUCCUUCACUCAUCAGUGAUAGAGAGAAAGCUGUAGAAGAUGCAGAGAAAAUCGAAAAGGAGGAAGAAGAGAGAAAGAAGAGGUUACAACUGUAUGUGUUUGUAAUGAGAUGUAUAGCCUAUCCUUUUAAUGCAAAGCAACCAACUGAUAUGGCAAGAAGACAAACUAAAGUAACAAAACAACAGCUACAAACUAUAAAAGAACGCUUCCAUGCAUUUCUCAGUGGUGAAACAAGUAUUGUCGCUGAUGAGGCCUUUACAAAUGCAGUCCAGAGCUAUUAUGAAGUGUUUUUGAAAAGUGAUCGUGUAGCAAACAUGGUUAGAAGUGGUGGAUGCUCAGCUAAUGAUUUCCGUGAAGUUUUCAAAAACAACAUUGAAAAAAGAGUACGCAGCUUGCCAGAGAUAGAUGGUUUAAGUAAGGAAACAGUGUUGAGUUCUUGGAUGGCAAAAUUUGAUGCAAUAUACCGCGGUGAGGAGGAUCCAAGAAAGCAACCACAACGCAUGGCCACUGCUGCUUCAGAGCUCAUCCUCAGCAAAGAACAGUUAUAUGAAAUGUUUCAAAAUAUCUUGGGAGUGAAAAAAUACGAGCAUCAAAUUUUAUAUAAUGCUUGUCAGCUGGACAAUGCUGAUGAGCAGGCAGCUCAGGUGCGGCGAGAGUUGGACGGGCGGCUUCAGAUGGUGGAGAUGAUGGCGCGGACCCGCCGUCACCCGAAGUUCCUGGUGAAGGAGAUGGAGAGCAUGUACAUUGAUGAGCUCAAGUCCUCCAUCAACCUGCUGAUGGCCAACCUGGAGAGUCUGCCCGUGUCCAAGGGUGGGACGGAGGCCAAGUACUCGCUGCAGAAACUUAAGAGAUACAAUCGAGCACAGCACUCCUCUUUGUCCAAGCUAGACAUCAGUGAAGAUAACGAACCAGGCCUGUCCAAACUUGAUGUGGUGCUGUCUUUCACACUGGAGGUGCACGUGAGCGAGGUGAAGGGUCUGAAGUCCCUGGCCCCUAACAAGAUUGUAUACUGCACGAUGGAGGUGGAGGGAGGGGAAAAACUCCAGACUGACCAGGCCGAGGCAUCUAAACCAUGCUGGGACACACAGGGGGACUUCACCACUACACACCCACUGCCAGUUGUGAAGGUGAAGUUGUACACAGAGAGCUCCGGCAUGCUCAGCCUGGAGGACAAGGAGCUGGGCAAAGUAGUGAUUCGACCAACAGCCAAUAGUAGUCGCAUGGCGGAAACCUACAAGAUGACAACGGCCAAGAAUUUCCCUGACAACUUGACAAUAAAAAUAGCUGUACGCAUGGAUAAACCUCAAAACAUGAAACACUGCGGUUAUUUGUACGGCCUAGGGAAGACGGUUUGGAAGAAGUGGAAGAGGCGAUAUUACGUCCUUGUUCAAGUGUCCCAGUACACAUUUGCCAUGUGCAGCUACCGGGAGAAGAAGCCCGACCCAACAGAAAUGAUGCAACUGGAUGGCUUCACUGUCGACUACUGUGAACCUCUGCCAGAGCUGGAGGGCGGCAAGUGUUUCUUCAACCUGGUGAAGGAGGGAGACAAUGUGAUGUUUGCCACGGACGAUGAGUCUGAGAGAACGUUGUGGGUGCAGGCGAUCUACAGAGCCACUGGACAAACCCACAAACCAACGCCUCCCGUUGUCCAGACAAACAAGAUAAGCAACACGCAGAUCUCCAGAAUGCAAGGAGAUGCGGACCGGGCUCGGAAACACGGUCUGGAUGAGUUUGUACAGGCCAACCCCUGCAUAUUUGAACACCAUGACCUCUUCAAGACACUGCAGACCCUGACACUAGACUACCGACUCAACGAUGCAUACACCUGUCUGGGAUGGUUCAGUCCGGGGCAGCUGUUCUGUCUGGAUGAGUACUGUGCCCGGUAUGGGGUUCGGGGUUGUCACCGACACUUGUGUUACCUUAGCGACCUGCUGGAGAGAGCGGAGAAGGGCAUCCUCAUCGACCCGACCCUCAUCCACUACAGCUUUGCUUUCUGCGCAAGUCAUGUUCAUGGGAACAGGCCGGACGGGAUAGGCACCGUUCUUCAGCGGGAGAAGGCAAAGUUUGAUGAAAUCAAGGAGCGACUACGAAUUCUUUUAGAGAACCAGAUCACCCACUUCAGAUACUGUUUCCCCUUCGGCCGACCUGAGGGAGCACUGAAAGCUACACUGUCGCUACUGGAAAGGGUGUUAAUGAAGGAUAUUGUAACCCCUGUUUCCCCUGAGGAGGUUCGCCAGGUCAUCAAGAAGUGUCUGGAGAAUGCUGCACUCGUCAACUACACCAGAAUCUCAGAAUAUGCAAAGAUUGAGGGACGCAAGAAAGGAAAUUGCGAUGCCUUGAGUGACGACAUCUCUUCCAAGAAGAAGCUGGAGGACAUCAUGCACCUUGCGGAGCUGUGUAUAGAGGUGUUGCAGCAGCACGAGGAGCAUCACGCAGAGUCUGAUGUGGACAGAUCGCUCCGGAAGAUGGUACAGACUAAAGUGUACAAUGCAUUUGCCUGGUUUAGUGAUCUGCUGGUGGAGCAUGCGGAGAUCUUCUGGUCGCUGUUUGGGGUGGACAUGAAUGCUGUACUGGAGGCACAGCCACCGGACACAUGGGACAGCUUCCCACUCUUCCAGCUGCUCAACGACUAUCUGAGGACAGAUGAGAACCUAUGCAACGGCCGGUUCCACCAGCAGCUGAGAGACGUGUUCGCACCUCAGGUUGUGCGGUAUGUGGACCUCAUGGAGUCCUCCAUUGCACAGUCUAUACACAAGGGCUUCGAGAGGGAGAAGUGGGAUCAACAAGGGAAUGGGUGUGGAACGUCGGAAGACAUGCUGUGGAAGCUGGACGCCCUGCAGUCUUUCAUCCGAGACCUGCACUGGCCCGAGGAAGUGUUCGCCGAGCAUCUGGACCAUCGCCUCAAGCUCAUGGCCGCCGACAUGAUAGAAGCAGCAGCCAAGAGAACGCUGAAGGCGUUUGAGAGCUGGCUGAGGAAGGGUGGGAAGGGAACAGACUACAACACCUACUCCGAGAUCUGUACCCAGAUGAACGUCAUCAUCGACUGCAAGAACAAGGCUCUUCAUCUGUGUGCCUUGGACAGUGGAUCAAAUAUGCACCAGUAUCACACCAAGAUUGACGAGUUCCUGGAGAGAGUCCAGGUGCAGAUGGUCAAGUGUCUUGUGGAGAAGUUCCUGUCCGUGCUGGAGUCCGUACUGAGCAAGCUGGCCAGAUACGACGAGGGAACGUUCUUUGCUUCCAUUCUCUCUCUUACAAAACCUGUAGACGAGUUGGGCAAGUCCUAUGUUGACUUCAUGCGAGGUAACCUGGAUCAGAUGAGACAGAAGAUCACUGAUGAACUCUACACUCUCACGUUGUUUGAGCAAUGGUACAGUGAUCAGAUGAAGAUGAUGUGUGACUGGCUGACUGACAGACUGGACCUGUCUCUCCACCCCUACCAGCUCAACUGUCUCAUGACCAUCAACAGGAAAUGUUUCUCCGACUUCGAGCUGCAAGGUGUGCCUGAAAAUGUCCUCAACUGCAAGACCUACACCACCAUCUGCAGCCGGCUGCAGGUUGAGGAGGCCACCCAAUCAGUGACACAAUCAGAAAGCAGCAGUCGCACAACAUUCCUGGGGAAGGUGCACAACGACAGCGGAGAUGAGUCAGACUAGACGCUGUAGAGCUGCCGGUCUCUGAUCUUGGGUCGGCCUGACAUUCAGGCUGGGCAGCGUCCCCCGACAUGGACAAAGUUGUCCUUAAAGAUAAUAUGGUGUCAGUUUAUUGCAAUGUGUCAGUAUGGAACUGAGACGGAAUGUCUGCAGACAUGUUCACCAGCCAGCACUGUCUGCAGACACAUCCUUCACCACAGUGUUGGACAGACCAAGCCACAAAGGUCCAAUAGGUGGAUGAAGAAAGUCAUGCAGUAGAUUCGUCCUUGCUAUUAGUCAGACCAUGCUAACGGCUCUCAGCAUUAAUGUAGUCAAAAUUGCUAUCAUCUCCUCAAACACAUAACAUUAAUCCAAUCCAUUGAGUGCUUUCUUCUGAAGGUGUGUGGAAUAUGAUCUCAUUCAGUAGAUUAUCGUCAAGUCACAAGUGUAUCAAAUCUCAUAAGUUUGUAUUAGAACAAGGCUGUUAAAAAUGUCAACUUUUCAUAUUACAAUGUAUUGUCAUUACAUUCCAUCUACCUUUAAGCCAUUAGGUUCCAUCAGCUGUUAAGCCAUUAGGUUCCAUCAGCUGUUAAGCCAUUAGGUUCCAUCAGCUGUUAAGCCAUAACGUUCCAUCAGCUGUUAAGCCAUAAUGUUCCAUCAGCUGUAAAGUCAUAACGUUCCAUCAGCUGUUAGUAAGGCAAAGCAUUCCAUUGGCUAUUUAGUCGUAGUGUUCCAUCCAAUGUUUAGCGAAAGCGUUCCAUCAGCUGUCCUGUCCAAGUUAGACUAGCUCCUUCAGGCUACACCACAGUUAAAGUCACUCAUUAGAAGUCAGCUACCUUACAUUGGGCUGGAAAUGCAGUGUUGCCACCACAUCAUUGAAAGGGUACUGAUAUUCCCAUAGAUAUCAACUGGUCAUCAUGUACAGCAGAACCUGUGUGAAGACUCAGUUAUUCAGAAUCUAGGUAAGAGCUUAAGAACAAAAUGCCUUCUUCACACAGUAAUGUAGUCAUUCAUCAUGCACAGGCACAUAAAAGAGAGUCUCACUGUUAGGAAUUUAAAGUCAUGCAGUUAGGCAUUAAGAGUCACACAGUUAGGCGUUAAGAGUCACACAGUUAGGCGUUAAGAGUCACACAUUUAGGCAUUAAGAGCCACACAGUUAGGAAUUAAGAGCCACACAGUUAGGAAUUAAGAGCCACAGUUAGGCAUUAAGAGUCCCACAGUUAGCCGUCAAGAAGAACACAGAUACAUAUUUGUAAUAUUGACAAACUGUUUACCAUCUUAAGACCAUUGUGUUGGUAGAGUCAUUUUUUAAUAGUUUCAGUGAUUAUGAGUGUAUACUGAAGUGAAUUGUAGGCCUUUCUAGGACAGUUUUGUACCUGAAUUCUUGUGUCGUGAGUUGUAGUGAUGUGUGUGGAUCUACUCCCGCCGCAGUUGGGUCGGACUGCACCAGCAUCCAUUCCGUUGUUACAUAGAACAUAAUCAUUCCAAGUGAUAUACAACUUUGUUUGGGGAAAUGUUUUGUUACAUGCCAUGCAUUUUUAUGAUGUUUUGUUGACUGUUUUAUGAUAGUUCCUUGUCAACUGAGGUUAAACCUUAAACUUGUUGUGUUUUGUGUGUUCUUGAGUGAAAAUGUGAUACAUGUGAUCCCUAAAUUCUUCUAUUGUACAAGCUAGUAGUUCUCCAUGACACCUCUGUCGACAUGCACCCUGGACCACACUCCUUGUGGGGCUAUAGUUUUCAGGUUUGCCCUCUGUUUGCUGAAACCGUAUAACUUCAGAAAAUCUUUCAAAAGAACCUUUUUGCAUUAUUACAAAUUUUUCUUCACACAGAAAAUCUGUGGGAUAGUCCAGUCUUUGUUCCCAGCAUGGGAGUAAUGCUAAAACCAUACACACUCGUUACAUACAUGGCACCUUUUUAAAGGGAGAAAACUCUGUAUUGUUGAGUGUGUGGAUUUUUUAAUAAAGUAGUAUGUUUUUGCAAUGAGGAUUUGUAAUGAAAGAAAUUAGGCAUUGUGUAUCUGUUUGAGUUACAAGUUGAAAUCCUAAUCAGCAAUGACAAACACGAAAAUAAAACUUGGCACCCUCUUAAACAUUUGCUACAAGAUAAGUUUAAUUCCAUGAUGUGAAUAUCUUGUAAACCAUUCCAUUCAUUAAUGUAACUGGACAUUAAUCCUAGUAUAUAUUCAUUACCUAAGGGAAUCUGGAAAUAAAGAGUACUGUGGUACCCUCAAGUGUGCUAUCCUGUAUCCAACAAGAUGGUGAGUGUUGACAUUGUGUGGUACUAGUGGAGUCAUGUUCACACAAGGUUGUUGCCUCAGGAUUCAAUACACUAUGUUGAUUUACUGAAAAUUUUAUCUUCUAAAGUUUCAAGAUUUUCAAUGAUUGUGAGAAUUGUGCAAUAUUUUCUGUUCCUUCGUGAUAACCUUAUACAGUUGUCAAUUGUACAAUUUACAUUAUUUAUUCUAUAGAGAUUGAGUGGAAAGUCUUUUUUGUAAAUAGAAACAGUUAUUUAUACUUGAUAAUGUGGUUGCAUGAAGAGCAAGCACCUGCUCGGUAGAUUAUUCUAGAGAAAACCCCUCAUCCCACUGGGUUUCAGUGAAACAAUAUGGUGUACAUUAUGUGGAAAUGGAAGUAGCAACCACAUGUAUGAGAAAUAAAGUGUUUUGUGUUUGAUUUGUGAAAGGUGAGACAUUACCCCGGUAUGUUGUUUAAUUGAAAUGCUCUGGUUUGUGGGGAUAGUUAUUAAUUUGAGUUUUGUACUUGUUUUAUUUUUGCCAGAGAUAUCAAUGGAAACAACUGAUAUUAUAUUGUGUUAAACUGUGCAUAGGUUUACACUGGUUAUUAAAGAGUAUUCAUUUAAAAUAUGCAACCACUUUAGUAUUGUAGAUGAUGAGUUAUGCAGUACGAAAUGUUUGUUGAACUGUCUGAACCAUGUGUUGUUGACUGAUGUCACGCCCAGUGCUGGUAGCCCUACCUGUUGUAGUCACCUGGCGCUCGCUCAUUAGCCUAGGUAUAGUUAGUUAAAGGCACAUCACCAGCCCUCUAAGCUCCCUCCCACAUCUCCAGCCCAAACUCCAUCCCACAUCACCAGCCCUCUAAACUCCCUCCCACAUCUCCAGCCCUCUAACCUCCAUCCCACAUCACCAGCCCUCUAAACUCCCCCCCACAUCUCCAGCCCUCUAACCUCCCUCCCACAUCACCAGCCCUCUAAACUCCCUCCCACAUCACCAGCCCUCUAAACUCCCUCCCACAUCACCAGCCCUCUAAACUCCCUCCCACAUCACCAGCCCUCUAACCUCCCUCCCACAUCACCAGCCCUCUAAACUCCCUCCAUCACCAGCCCUCUAACCUCCCUCCCACAUCACCAGCCCUCUAAACUCCCUCCCACAUCACCAGCCCAAACUCCAUCCCACAUCACCAGCCCUCUAACCUCCCUCCUACAUCACCAGCCCUCUAACCUCCCUCCCACAUCACCAGCCCUCUUACAUGUUUGUUUUGAAGCAGUGAUUGCAAAAUAUCCUGUCUGUGACAAACAUCGAAUGUUUCCCAUGAAUGAGAAGUGAUUGGUCUUAUAUGUCAGCAAAAACACAAUAAGCCAUGAAAUAUAACAAGUGAGACCUAACAUGCAAGUAAGUACAGAGACACCACCUGCCUUGUGGUGCCUAGUGGAGGCAGAAUGUGCCUUGUCCUGUCAGUUGACAUAUUGGCGCUGUAUUGCAAGUAUCACAGACAUUUGUCAGCACCAUACCCAUGCUUCACCAAAGUGGAAAACAUCUCAGACCUGCAUCACUUUGGGUUUUCCUCCCACCUCAAGCUGCCACACCACAAUAUAACUAAAAAUACUGUUCAAAUUGGCAUUAAACCCAACUCCCUCACGCCCUCACUCCAUGACUCUGUCACAGACACUGUGCAUACUGCUCACACAUUAUUGUUCCCAAAUGGUAAAAUACAUACAUUUAUCAAGUUGCCGUAGACAUCAGUAUGAAUCCGAUGUUAUCCAUCCCUAUUACUUGUUCUGUUUCAUGUGUGGAUUAAGCUUGUAUGUCGUAUCUGGAGCCAGUGAGUAUGGUGUAUGUCUAACCAGCCAUCUUCAAACUGGUGAUGUACCUUUAAGGCAUUGCUUCCUGCUUUUCUGCCCAACACACUUUGACCUGCAUGUCUAACACAUUGGCAUCUAAUUCCAUCCUCACAGAUCACAGGCCCCCUUCAUGUCCAUGCCUGUCAGAUCUGUCACAAAUCCUGUGGAAAAUGAGCAACACCUGGAAAACAAGGAACCGUCUUAGUUUCUUGACUGGGAUCCGUCUUAGUUUCUUGACUGGGAUCCGUCUUAGUUUCUUAUCUGGAAACUGUCUCAGCAUCUAGACUUGGAACCAUCUUAGUUUCUUGAUUGGGAACUGUCUCAGCUUCUUAACUGGGAACCAUCUUAGUUUCUUGACUGUUAACUGUCUCAGCUUCUAGACUUGGAACCAUCUUAGUUUCUUGACUGGGAACUGUCUCAGCUUCUAGACUUGGAACCAUCUUAGUUUCUUGACUGGGAACUGUCUCAGCUUCUAGACUUGGAACCAUCUUAGUUUCUUGACUGGGAACUGUCUCAGCUUCUAGACUUGGAACCAUCUUAGUUUCUUGUCUGGAAACUGUCUCAGCUUCUAAACUGGGAACCAUCUUAGUUUCUUGACUGGGAACUGUCUCAGCUUCUAGACUGGGAACCAUCUUAGUUUCUUGACUGGAAACUGUCUCAGCAUCUAGACUGGGAACCGUCUUAGUUUCUUGACUGGUAACUGUGUUUACUUUUAGUUUCUUUACUGGGAACAGUUUUUAGUGUAAGUUUCUCGACUGCAAACCAUUUUUAGUCUUAGUUUCUUGAAUUAGUUUGGACAAGUGUAAUAUGCAUUGAUUAAAUCCAUACCUAAGUUGCACCUGUAACAAGAGGAGCCUGAUUGAUCCUGAAGAGAAGCAGAUAGUUCAGUCUUCAUCAAUUAUGUUUUUGAUAUUCCCAUGACGAGCCAUCCCGUUAGCAUAAAUUACUAAGUAUUUACAUAAUGUGAUAACUUCUAAUGUCUAAUAAAAAUAUCAAAGACUUCAGAAAUGCAUCAUCAUAAUGGUGAAAAUUGAUGGAGUUUAUGGUCAUCCAUGAGUGAUGCUGCUGCUGAAAGUCUUAUGUAUAAUUAAUCCAUGGGCUCACUCACAGCAGUUUGGCUGUCAGAUAUUCAGAGUGUAACUCAUACAAUUUUCUUGAUAUAUGUCUGUGAAGAGAAUAGUCUGGUAGAAAUUCUAGAUAUUCACACAUCAUCAACGCUGUAUACCAUAUUCGCCAUAUUUAGCAUCCCAGGUGCUUAAUUGACAAACAAAGUGUUUAUUAACACCAUUCACGAGUUUGUUACUGUUUCCGGUGUUAACAUGUCGGCGGUAUUGUGUUCACGUGGGCAUUAGAAAGUCCAAGCUCAAUGUCUCCAUGUAUAAUAUGCACCCCUUUCUACACGGAUGUAUUUGCUGUAAAAAAUGUGUAUUAUACACAAGAAAAUACGGACUCAUGUUAACAAUGGGCUUUGUACAUGGCCCUUAUAAGAUUUCUUGCAUUUGGGUCUGGAAAGUGGUCAGGGGGUGAUAAUUGAGGCGGGGCGCUUAAUAUGGCGAAUAUGGUAGGUUCUUCCGGAUUAGCUAGCAAAGCUGGAGGCAUUCACCUGUUACUGUUACCAUGUUGCCCCUAGAUAUGAUAUGUAACUUAUGUAAGAUUUGUAGAUUAUUGUAUAUUUCCUAGUGUAAUGACAUAGUGUAGAUAGUCACCACCCGACCAUCAGUGUAGACUCAGUCUUUGUAUAUAGUAGAGCCAGAAUCUCGGGACGAGUUGCUCUUGGUAGGGGACUCGCUGUUAGUAUACCCACAAAUAUACUAUCCCAGUAACAAAUUAUUUAAUUACCCAUAUAUCUCUUCAACCUUCUCUAUGAAGACCUUGUUGGUGCAUAUUGACUUGUUAAUCAGUAUAACUCAAUAGCCUAUUGUACUGUUAUAGAUUUGUAAUAUUUCUGGAUAUUUAUCCAAUAUUGUUACAAUUUAUUGUAGCCAUGCAAUCUUAUUGACAACUGCGAUUGUAGUAUAAAGCUAUGUUAGAUAAGGCGACAGUUAACCAGCUAUUCAGUACAGUGAUUAGUUCAGACAAUUACAAGGUAGUGAGUCGUCAAACCAUUAGACCUUGUGUCCAGCCGUUGUUCGGUUUAUAGAUGAGGUACUGUCGCUCUAACUCGCCCCAACUGUCUCAUUGUUUCUGUUGGAUAAUUGUAGAUUUUUUAUACAAGUUUAUUGUGUUUACGAGAAAUCCAGUUUUAUUAUUAAGUAUUAUUCUUUCCAUGGUUUGUGAUUAUUUUUGUACUUUUUAUAUUUUUUACUUAUCCUGCAUUACUCCUUAAUGCAUAUUACUGCUUGUUCUUGACAGAGAAAAGAGUUGUGUGAAGGUCUCUGCUUGAAGAAGUUGUUCCAACUAGCUGAGAGGCCAACCCUAUCACGCAGCUCCCACGUGACCAAAGGAAGUGACGUCACGGAUCCUCACAUUACUCUCGUCACUUGCUGAAAGAAGACCCGUUUUUGAUCUGUAGCAUAAACUUGUUCAAACCCUUACAUGUUUUGCUUCUUGGGUUAAUGUUCAAUGUGCUUGUGUUGUGCACACGGUUUGUAUCUUGUGAAACAUUGUAUGUUUUAACAUGUGCAUAACUUUUGUACACCUGCUGGCGUUUUCUUAAGAAAGAAAACAAUGAUAAACCCAGGUGUCUUGUUGUUUCAAGUAGCCAUCUUGAAUAUUUUACAUGGCCAGUUAUUAACUGGCUUGCGUUCUAUAUUCUUCUUGCUUUGUACCCCUCCAUUGGCAUACCCUCACAAGUAUUUUGUCUUCGUUUUGUAUGUUGUCUUACGUUUGUCGUAAUAAUUGUUUCAUAAACCCAUGCAGUGGGAUUACCCACAAAUUAUAGCAUACAUCAUCGGGAGGGGACGCAUUGUGAUUUUACACUGCUUCAUUGCAGAUAUCAUGCCCUCAUGCUCAAAGUGCCGGCGUAAUAUGUCGGCGUGGGAUCCCCACCCCCUGUGCCUUUAUUGUACAUCUAAAUGUCCCCAGGGUCAUAGAUGUACAGAAUGUCUCCGCUUUCCCCACAGCUUUCAGACGGUACCUCCGUAUGUCCAGGAAACGGAGAACGCAACAGGCCAGGAAAACACCGGCGCCAGAUGUCUGACUUAUCCGAGUAAUUGCCCACAGCCAGAUCGGCUAUCUCAGACGACAACUCCCUGACCUCAAUUACUACCAUGAUGUCGGGCCCCUGGUCUCAGUUUCUACCCAGAGCUCCCUGACGACCACUACUGCGUCUAUCUUAACAGCGCCUAUCCAGUCAACCAGACAGACGCAUGGCGCCCAACAGGCACCCUGCCUAUGGCCCGACCCACUGCCAUUUCCAGAUUGGCACUGAACGCCAAAGGCUACUCGGCCAGAGCAGCUUGGGCCAUCAAGAUGGCAUAUCGCCCAACCACCAGGAGCCUCUGUAAUGAUUAGUGGCAAUCCUUCGAGAGCUUUUGCAGGGGCAAGCAACAAGACCCCAAAUCUGCAUCACCUCAUUUCCUGGCCGAGUUCAUGCUCCAUCUGGGUCACAAGCGUAAACUCAAGGGCAGUUCCGGAGGAUCGGCGCGUGACGUAAAUCCCGAGCCUUUAUUCUCCAGGCCUAUGAGGCCACGGGAUUGGACCCCCAGGCUCUAACAACCCACAUGAGACCCGGGCGAUCGCCUCCACUAUGGGGCUACACAGCAACUGAGCUCUACUUGCCAUCAUGGAGAGGUGUUCUGGCGAUCAAACACAUUCGUCGCCAGUCGACAUAUGCAAGAUGUCGCAUUGGAGGAUGUGCUAGGCACACAUAACUCGGUCCGUCACUAGUGCCAAACAGGCUCCUCUACUACACGUCACUGACCUCGCCUCCAAGUCCAGAGCCGGCUUUUCGACCUCCCCUGGCGUAAGCCCUGGACUAGAAGGUUCAUACCCCACUUACAUACAGCUCGGUACUCCAGUCUUGACCUAACCGAGAGUUAUUGUCAGGCUGCGCAGUUUCCCAUACAUGGAGUGGUAACCUGAUGCCGACUACACAGCCGAGGGCGGGCUGAGGGAAUUGGAAGUUCCCAUACAUGGAAUGGUCACCCGAAGCCGACCACACAGCCUAGGAUUGGCUAGGGAACAGAGUCUGGAAAUAAAAGAUGAAAGUCCACAUCUGAAGGUUCACCCGCCUCCGGUUCCGUCCGAUAAAGAUGCAUUAAGGAGUAAUGCAGGAUAAGUAAAAAAUCUAGUAAAAUCCUAGAUAUUUUUUAUAUUUGUAUAAUUAUCCUGCAUUACUGCGUCUAAAGGGACCCACCCAUCGCAGAUCUACCUCCCCACGAAGCCCGGACUCCAUAGUAAUGUAAGGAUCCGUGACGUCACUUCCUUUGGUCACGUGGGAGCUGCGUGAUAGGGUUGGCCUCUCAGCUAGUUGGAACAACUUCUUCAAGCAAAGACCUUCACACAACUCUUUUCUGUCAAGAACAAGCAGUAAUAUGCAUUAAGGAGUAAUGAAGGAUAAGUAUACAAAUAUAAAAAAUAUCUAGGAUUUUACUAGUUACAGAAAUGUUUAUGUAUUGACACUAUUGUGUUUGAAAGUUUGACUCUAUGGCUGAAUAUAUUUGUAUAUUAUACAUACAUUUUCUAAUAUAUUGCAUUAUUCAGAUCUGUUACUACAUCUCAAUAUAUAUGUAUACCGAUGGGGAAGAGGAAAUCAGUCACCACUUAGCAUUGCCUUAUGCAGUGAGUCUUAGACAGGAAAAUACUUCCUUGUAAAUUUGAAAGAUAUAACCGUUAUUUCCAUAACAUUUAUGACUUUAUUUUUCCGUUCGGUUGACCUUUGUAUCAAUAUUAAUUUUAAUCUAUUCUUUGUGUUUAUUUUUUUAACGUAUGAAAGGAAUCGGUUGCUCAAAUUAAACAUGUUAAAUCUAACAAGAACCUAAUGUGUAACUGGUAUCAGUGUCUAUACUACUCUCUGCUCUGAAUUAUCUUUUGUGUGAUUAUCGGUUCGUUGACUAAUCAAAGACUAAACAAAUAUCAAAAUGCUCAAUGUUUUGUUUAUCUGAUAUGAUGAUGUUGGCCAUGAUCUGUCAGUAUGAGAGAACUUUUGGAGAGAAAACUUCAAACAUGUACCAUCUUAUCAAGUCAAUUUCUGAACAAGAGUUUCUAUAUAGGUUUGGUACUCUCAACACACUGUUUGAAAUUAUUCUAUUUUCUAAACUUCUAGUAGUCUUGAGACUAUAUAGGAAUAGUAAUGUAGGUGAUGUGUCAUGCACAGUAUAGUGUAACUCAAUACUUCACGCUACGAUAUCUUGUCUUUCUCUGUGUCAUCCUAUAUGUUACAUGUAGAUAUUAGGUAGCCAGGGCUCUUCGUCUGGUCAUUCCAGGGACUCCACACUGAUGGAUGAGAGCCUUGGUUCUGUUACUAGGUAGCCAGGGCUCUUCGUCUGGACACUCCAGGGACUCCACUGAUGGGGGGAAGAGUCUUGGUGCUGGUACUAGGCAGCGAUGUGAUUUAGACAGUAACCCCGCUCAAACGAUGCCACCCCCAGUAGCUACACAUUCAGAACCCUACACUUUCCCUUCUCAAGGCAUGCUUAUUGUUGAGUUCAUUUACUUCCUGUUCACUAUUUAUCAAUAUGCAAACUAACUAUACCUAAUGUGCAAUAACUUGUUUUCAACUUGCAGAUUAAAUAAAUAGCAUUCCACAGUCGAAA